AUGUAAGGCUGGAAAACGGCGACAGUUUACUCACGGCAGUCGCGAAACAAACGCUGCAGGCGAACCAAUCCGCUCUAAGACCACAUAAAAUAUUCAAAAAAUACAAAAACAGUCAGUUAGAAAUCCGCAGAAAUCGAUUGAGUUUGUUUACAGAUUUACAGAGUUCAAGGAUCGAUUCAGAGAUUAACUUACAACCCAUUCGAAAAUCGUUGAUACGGUUUAAAGAUUUGUGAGAGUAGAGUAGAUCAAAAAUAUUUGUAAAAUCCAAGCCAAGCUCCCUGAUUGUUGAGGAAACUCUGCUCUUCGAUCCGAUCAGUGGUCAUCCGUCAUCGAUACCUGUUAGCUGUGUGAUCGAUCGCUGUUCCAAGUCAAGGAUAAUUUUUUGUUUGAGUGACUAUUUAUACUGAGUGUUAGACCGAUAUGAUUUGCCCGAAACGCACCUCGGAGCUGCUGGACCUCCACCUGGCCCCGUUCAAGGACAAGGAUCCGGCCUGGGAGAUCGGCGUCUCAAGGAUCGCCGGACGCGGCGUUAUGGCCACGCGCAGCCUGAAGCGCGGCGAGAUCAUCUUCCGGGACAGUCCUCUGCUGAUUGGUCUGGCUGCCAACGAGGAGGAUGCCUUGAAUAGCUGCAGCGUGUGCCUGGUUGUCCUGCCGGACACCAAGUUCAUGUGCCGCCAGGGAUGCGGCCUGCCCGUGUGCAGUCUCUGCUCCAAGAAGAAGCAGCACAAGGUCGACUGCGAUAUGUUCAAGUCGUGGGGCCCCAAUGAGCCUGAUGUGGCCAACUCGGUGAUCAUCCGGCUGCUGUGCGUCGCCCGGGCCAUCAAUCUGACCAAGGAGCAGCGCGACCUCAUCUACUGCCUGCAGGCCAAUCUGGACAACAACCACCGCACGGAGGUGCGGAAUGCGGCCAAGUGCUUCAAGCGCUUCCCCACCGACAAGAAGAUCGUCGAGAUUAUGAACCGCACCGUGGCUGUCCUGCGGACGAAUGGAUUCGACAAGACCUACGACAGGAGCAACGACAACCAGGAGUUCAACUAUCGGGCCCUCUAUCCGCUCUUCGGAGUCGUGAACCACGACUGCAUUCCCAACGCCUACUACACCUUCGAGGAGAAGACCAACAACAUGAUCGUCCGCGCCGCCGUUGACAUCCCGGAGGGAUUCGAGAUCACCACCACCUACACCAAGCUCUUCACCGGCAACAUUGCUCGCCAUCUCUUCCUAAAAAUGAAGAAGGGCUUCACCUGCAAGUGCUCGCGCUGCUCCGAUCCAACGGAGAAAGGCGCCUUUAUCUCUGGCUUGUACUGCCGGGACACGAACUGCACCGGCCUGGUGGUGCCGGAGAUUACCGGCCUCCCGCAUCCCAACUACAAUUGCCUGGAGUGCAAGCAAAAGUCAACGCACGCGCAGAUGAUGAAGUCACAGGACUUCGCCUCCGGGGCCAUCAACGCCAAGGCCAACUCGAACUCCUUGCGGACGCUGGUGCAGUAUCUGAACGAGAAGAGUGACGCCUUCAUCCCGAGCAGUAACUACGUGGUGAUCGAGGCCAAGUUUGGGGUGCUGCAGCGCCUGCAGCAGGGUCGCGAGGACUGCUCCGAGGAGCUGGCGGCGAACACUCGCCUGCGCUACAGCCGUGACAUCACUCAGGUGAUGGACAAGCUGGGACUGGGUGACAGCCUGCUGCGCACCCAACUGGUGCAGACACUGCAGCGCGAAGAGGAGCGCCGGGCCAAGCGGCUGGCGGAGGAGGCGGAGAAGCAGCGCAAAAUGGCAGAGCUGCAGGCCAAGGCCGCCGAGGCGGACAAGAUUCUGGCCGCCUUUGAGGCAGAGCAGGCGGCCGAAGCAGCUGCCGCGGCCGCAUCCUUGCCAGCAGCGGAUCCUGCUCCAUUGCCGCAGGCAGCCACCGAGCUGGCCUAGGAAUUUCAAUUGCCGUAUUGAGUCCUAUAUUUCAAGGCCCAAUUAACCAGCUGAGUUGUCCAGUAUCGUCAUUGAGACUUGGCUUAAAAGUUAAUUAAAAAUAUAAUUGAUCUUCUUUUUAUGUUAGUUUUUACCUUAAUUUGUUUGAUAGUUUUUUCUUAUUUGUUUUUUUUAAUGAAACAACGAAAAUGUAUGCAACUUUUAUGGAUAUGGAAUAUUAACUAAGACAUGGCCAACACAGCUGGGGAAUCAGGUCCUGACUACAUAUAUGUGACUCAGACAGGCGCUGUCCCCUUACCCCCGUACAGUACACCUGGUCACCUAGUUCUGUGUUGUGUGUACUAAAUUAAAUAAUUGUAUCUGUAUUUGUAUUUAUUUAUUUAUAAUAAAUUAAAAAUUAUACU